GGGAAACCAAUUUUUUGGGUUUAAAAUUAUAAUUAAAAUUAUUAACUAGAAAAAUAAAUAUUUCACUUUAUCCCUCAGUUCACUUCUGCACUUCGCCCCAUUCAUUCGUUCUUCGCUUGCCCUCAAAUCGAAUCUCACGCUAGGAUCAUUCUGGAUCGCUAGAUAAAGUGUUCCUUGAAUGGCAAAAGUAGCCACGCCAAGUGCCAUGCCUCCGAGCUCUCAUGGAGUUUCCUCAGGGCAUCUGAAAGGUGUUUCCGUAGCUAAAAGAAAGACACCAUCAGAACUUAGGGGAGAGCAGUUGAAGCGGGAAAGUGUUGUGGACCUCACUGAUGAAUCUCAUUCCUCCGAUGGUUCCAUAAAUGCCACUGAGGCAGAUAAUAGACUUAAAAAACCAGGAUUGUUUAGGGCCCCUAGACGCACUGACACACGGCUUGAUGAAGUAUUUGCUGCUAAAAAGCCCAGGUUUAGAAUUGUAUCUGGAAAGGAAAAUGUAAAGGAAAUUUCAUCUUCGGAGCAAACUAAUAAUCUAAAGGUUCCUUCAGUAUUUUCCAUUUCAGCAGCUAAGAGACAGCAAGGAAGUUCAUGCUUGGAGAAAUGUGCUGCUUCAGGUGAGGUUACCAAAGAUGGUGCGUUGCAGGCUGGUGAAACCAAUGACAAGUGCAGCCAAGGAAAGUUUCUUAGUGUUGCUGAUCUUUCAUCAACUGUUGAUAGGUCUGCAGGGGCAGCAGCUAUUGACAUGGGAAAAGCAUUGAAAGGACUAGCCUCACUUAAACCACGUGUUGAUAGUGGAUUAGCUACCGAUUCAUCUGAAAGACUCAGAGAUUCAGCUCCAGCCAUUGCAGUAAAUUCCUUCUCUGAAUGUCAUAUACCCGGAAAGAAGGCUCCUUUGGAUCUUACUCUAAAAACCAGUAUGCGAAUAGUAUCACCUGCUUCUGUGAAUUGGAACGAAGAUAUGAGGGGUUCCCAAGGCUUUAAAGGUUUGCAUUCAUGGAUGUAUCCUCAAUCUGUUCUACCGCCUUCUCUCAUAUCUGUGUUGAGCUCAUCAACUUCAGAAGGAGAGUUGGAGUUCUUAAGGAAACGGCAAGUAGCUUGGGAAGAAUCCUUUCGGGACCUAUAUUACACGCUUCGGAAGAACAUCUGUGGCCUCUUUUAUGUUUGCACUUCACAGUUUGUGGUGAUGUUCACUGGUGGUGAUGGCUCUGGGCAAUCCAAAUGCUCGUGCAAUGCUUAUAUUUCUCAGUCAACCAGAGGAUUCAGAUCAUUGUUAAGAGAGCAUGAUCUUUGUUUCUCUAUGCCUCUUUGCCGUUCAAAAGUGGAGCAAGUCACUACUGAGGAUUUGGUGGAGCUGUCAGAGAUAGAGAAGCAAAACUUGGGGCAGACUCGGCGCUCAAGGUCAUUCUCUGACGUUGAUAAUAGCCCAGAAUCUUUGCUGCUUUUCAGUGGCAAUAACAAUGUGCAUGGUUUAUAUGACCUAUUACUGAAUUACAGAUCUCUCUUGACCUCACUGUCUGGUGUGGACGUACCUCUCUUGUGUUCUCCUGUGCCAUUUCAAAGUUCUGCUUUGACUUCUCCUGAUAUUAAAUGCACGGAGAUGAGAAGAGUUGAAGAUAUUGCGGCUAAUAAAGGGUCUAUUUGGAAAGAUAACGAGUGUGCACAAGGAUCAUCAGAUGGUCUUUUUUGUAGCAUUGAAAUUAAAGAUGCAAUUAUCCCACCUUGGAUUAUUUGUGGCGUAUGUGCAUUGAUCGGCUCCAAAGGAAGAAGCUUUGAGACGAGCUUUUUGACCGAACCUGUCUCAAUUGGCCUGAAUGUUGCUUUGAAAUCAACUUGUGAAAAGUCCGAAUCAAAUGCUGCUGGCAGUGAAAGCUUCCAAGACUGCAGUAGUACGUUUGGCAUUCCAGAAGCAGCAGUUGCGCCUUUCCUAUGUUCAUGUACACUAAAAAGUGUGAAGUACUGUGAUGGUUCUUAUAUAGCAUCUCUGUCCCCUGUAUAAUAUCAAAACAAGCAACUUAUUGCUGUCACAUUGAUGCCUAAUUUAUUUAAAUGCUUACCAUUUCGAUUGCACUCCCUUGAAAAUGAAAAGCAGGGGAUUUAGUGUUCUUGAAUCCUAAACUGAAAGAGCAUGUUGUCGACAAGUAUUUGUAAUCUUUAUGUCAAAUGUGAUUCCUAUCUUUUGGCGCAUUUUGAAUAAUAUUGUUUCUUUGUACAUCAA